AUGUCAACUGCCAAAAGAAUUAAAUUAGAUAAUACUACAAUGGUUAAGAUUUGUACUCAUUCAGGAUCAUUCCAUGCUGAUGAAUCCCUUGCUGUUUAUUUAUUGAAGUUAUUACCUGAAUUCAAGGAUGCUGAAUUAAUUAGAUCAAGAACUCCAAGUGAUUGGGAUGCCAGUGAUAUUGUUGUUGAUGUUAGUGGUAAGUACGAUGGGGUUAAAUUCUUUGAUCAUCAUCAACGUGAAUUCAACACUACUUUUUCCAAUGAUUAUAAGACCAAAUUGUCAUCUGCUGGUUUAAUUUAUAAGCAUUAUGGGAAACAAAUUAUAGAACAAGUGUUAAAAAUUGAAGAUGAGGCUAAGAUUGAAUUAUUAUAUCAAAAGCUUUAUAAAGAAUUCGUUGAAUCAUUGGAUGCUAAUGACAACGGUAUCAGUAAUUAUUCUCGUGAAAUUGAACAAGGUAAAAAAUUCACUGAUAAAAAUAUAACUUUACCAUCAUUAGUUUCUAACUUAAAUCCUUCAUGGAAUGAAAAUCCUACUGACAAGGAUUAUGAUAGACAAUUUUUAUUAAGUAGUGAAUUGAUGGGUACUGCCUUUUUAAAUCUUUUAAAAGGAUAUGGAAAUUCUUGGUUACCAGCUAGAAGUAUCGUUGAAGAAGCUUUUGAAUCUAGAUUUGAAGUUGAUAAAUCAGGAGAAAUUCUCGUAUUAGAUCAAUUCUGUCCUUGGAAAGAACAUUUAUAUUCUAUUGAAAAGGACAACAAUGCUCAAGGAGAUACUAAAUUUGUUUUAUUUAAAGAUUCAAGUAAUGCUUGGAGAAUUUCCACUGUCUCUAUAACUUCAAGUUCGUUUGAAUUUAGAUUAGGCUUACCAGAAGAAUUAAGAGGUUUAAGGGAUGAAGAAUUAAGUGAAAAGAGUGGCAUUGAAGGAUGUAUUUUCAUUCAUGCCGCAGGAUUCAUUGGAGGCGCUCAAUCAAAAGAAUCCGUGUUAAAAUUGGCUCAAUUAUCAUUGAAAAGUGCUUAA